UUUUGUCAGGAGAUAAAUAGAUUGGCACUCUCUGUUUAUUUAUAUACACUACCUUCUCUCCUCACUCACCGGAACUUAUUACUUGUUUUCUAGUUCUUUCUCGGUUCUUGCCUUUCCCAUAUGAAGAUAAUUGCUAAGAGCCCCCACGAUUCUUCUUUCUCCUUCUCCAGGAGGUAUUUCAACUGGAAAAAGAAGGUUGAAGAUGAUGAUGACAACAACGAGGAAGAAAUCCUAACCUUUAGUUCCUCGUCUCAUUUUUGUGAUGAAGCCAAGGAAGCAGAGGAGGUUCGAAUCCCGGAUCCACCACCGAGAAAGAAGCUGCCAAUUGUGUCGGUUUCCAAGCUUCGGUCAGCCCUCGGUGUGUUCGGUAAGAACCGGUCUGUGUAUCGAUCGGGUUUAGGCACCAAAGUCGUGGGAACCCUGUUCGGAUACCGGCGUGGUCACGUCCAUUUCGCGUUUCAAGAAGAAGCAAAACUAAGCCCGGCGUUUCUAAUCCAACUCGCAACACCAACUAGUGUUUUGGUCAAGGAAAUGGCUUCCGGGUUGGUUAGAAUCGCAUUAGAGUGUGAGAAGAAGAUGGGGAAGAAAGGGGUGAAGUUGCUGGAGGAGCCUGUUUGGAGGACAUACUGCAAUGGCAAGAAAUGUGGGUUCGCAAUGAGGCGUGAGUGCGGACCCGAGGAAUGGAAAGUGCUGAAAUCGGUGGAGCCUAUAUCAAUGGGCGCGGGUGUGCUGCCGGGUAACUUGGAUGGGAAUGGAGAUGGUUCCGAAGGUGAGCUGAUGUACAUGAGAGCCAGGUUCGAGAGGGUCGUAGGGUCUAAAGACUCGGAAGCCUUUUACAUGAUGAAUCCGGAUGGAGCCGGAGGCCCUGAACUCAGUGUUUUUCUGAUUAGAGUUUAGGAUCUUUUGUUUCGGUCCACUGAGUUUUAGGUUUUGUUGUUAAGCACAAUGAAAGAUGUACGUACAGUGGAGGUUUGCCUUUUUCCUUUCCAUGUAGUUUGCCUUGCUUCAUCCUAAUAAUGGAAAUGACGAACAUGGGU